AUGGAAACGAGUUGCUGCGGGGAUUACGCGUCCGUACCUCCGACGAAUCUCGUCACGGCGAUGACGACGAUGACGGCGGAGGCGACAGCGACGGUGCCGGAGAAGGAGUCGAUCGCGAUGGCGAUGCUCUUUGUCGUGUUCAUCGUCCUCUUCUACGGGUCGAUAUUCGUCCUCUGCUUCGUAAUGUACCCGAAGUUGCCAGAGGAAUCCGACGGAGACGAGGAAUCCGGCGACCGGCUGCCGGCGUCGGAGAGGUUCGGCGCGAGGGCGAUGGCGGAGGUGUGCGUGAUAUGCUUGGAGGAUCUAAAGAGAAACGACAUCGUUAGGGUUCUGGUAAAAUGCAAGCACGUUUUCCACGUGCGGUGUAUAGAUUCAUGGUGUUUGUAUCGGUUGGCUUGUCCGAUCUGCAGAGCUCCGUUCCGGCUGUUCGAUGCCUGGUAA